UAUUUUUAUUAUAUGUUUAAUGUGAUUAUUUAAUUUAUUUUAAUAAUAUAAAUUAAAAAAGAGAAAUGAUACAAAAAUUAUUAUCAAAAAUAUUAUUCAUAAUCAUUAAUUGUCAUAUAUAUGUUUUCAUAUUAUAUAAGUCGAUAGUUUUAUUUAAAGAAAUAAUUGAGAAUAGUUUUUGUACACUACUAAUCAAUUUAAUAGUUAAUUCUAUAAAAGUAUAAUAUAUAUUUAUAUGUACCAACUUAUUCUUUAAAAAAAUCUAAUAAUUAUGUUAGUGAUAACAUGUAGCAACUAAAAAUAUGUAGGGGAUAGAAUGAAAACGUAGAAAUGAUUUUAUAAGGGAUGUAAUUGGUUAUGAUAAAAAAAAGGUUAUGAUUUGUGAUUGGUGUGUAUAAUCAAGUAGAAGAACUUCCAGGCGAAGUAAGAUACACCUCAGGUGGACCCCUACUUCACUAGUGCCUACAAGAAAAACGUUGGCCGUGAGAUCGAUCAUGAUCACGACGAACGUAUUUUACCUCUUUUGUUAAAAAGAACUUUUUUUUGUAGCAAGUUAUCAAAGUACUUGUUGGCAACAAUAAAAAAAGUGUAAAAAUAUUCCAAAAUUUUGCGAUAAAUAAUGAUGACAUUGUUGGACUAAUAGGGAAAGCUGACCACAGAGUUUUGAUAUUUUUUAUGUCGAUCAAAUGAUAUAUAUACAGUAUUAUUAAUAUUUAAAUCAUUUUCAAUGUAUCAUUUUAUUCUUUCAGAAUACAAUUAUCUUUUUUUUGUGUCAACUCACAAUACAAUUAUCUAAAGAGAUUGUUUUAUAUAAAAUAAAAUUUUCUUUUCACUCAUAGACUAUGUUUGAAUAAAAAUAAUAAAUAAAAACAACUAUUUAAAAAUUCAGUUUAUUAUAUUUUAAAAUCAUAGAUAAAAUAAAAUUAGAGAAGAUUUUACUUUUAAACAGAAUUCAGACUACAAAAUAAAAUAUAAUGGAAAUUCCCUUAAGACAUUAUUGUUUAUGUGAAUGCUAGUCAUUAUUUUGUUUAAUACUUUAAAUAAAAUGAACUAAACAUAUAUAUAUAUAUAUAUAUUUAUUAAAUAUAAUUUUAUAUAAAAAUUAAUAAAUUUAUAUAUUUUUGUCACAAGAAAAUUUGUGUAGCAUACAAAAUAUAGUUUUCAUGAUAAGUAUACAAUACAUAUUUCUAAUAAUAUAAGUAAAUAUAAUAUAUAAAUUCAUUGGUUGGACAAAUAAAUUUAGUUUCUUAGGUCUAAACCUUAAAGACUGAAAAUAAAAAGUAUUUAAAUUAAAUGACCUUGAUUUACAUUGUAUAUAAUUUUAAUAUUUUGGAUUUUAUAUUAAUUGGCCGCAUAAAUUUUAAUUUUUGUAUUUUAAUAUUUUUAGAAACUAAUUUUAAUAUAAAAGUGAACAUCCAGUCAUCCACAAUGUAUAAAGAUUGUCCAAAUUAUUUUAUAACUAAAAUUUUAAAAACUCAUUUAAAAUUCACUAUUAUUGAAUGUUAGGUGAUUUAUAUUAAAAUGACAAAUCAAAUUUUAUUCAAACAUGAAUUUUAAAAACUCAUUUAAAAUUCACUGUUAUUGAACUUAACAUUUCGUAGAGUACUCAAAAAUCCACUGUUAUUGAAAAUAUUUUAAGUUGUGGAGUUUUAUUAAAGUUUUCAGAUGAUGUUAGGGUGUUUGGGUGGAGUUUUUUAGUUAAAAUAAUUUAAAUUCAUAUCCCAUAAUUUUAGGUUAUAUUCUAAAAUGGUUUAACAAAAAUUACUUAAACCUCUACAACUUAUUAAAAUCAUCUAAAACUCCAUUAAAAAUUAGAUCACCUCAGAUAUUAUAUUGAAUAUACCCCAUUGGUAUUCCAAUUAAUAUGCUAACGUAAUUAUUAUCUUAACAACAUCAAACCAAUAACUACAACAAAUGAACAUAUUGCAAUAUUUAUCCUGGCUAACUUACAUACUUAGUAUAGUAACAGAUUAUAAAUCUAAGAACCAGAACUUUCAUUCUUCAUAAACUAUAAUAAUAAAGAAAAACUUACUUUAACUUCUACUAAAUAUGCAAUUAAACAUGUAUAAUAGAGAGUGUAAUAUGCUUGUCAAAAUGGAAAAACAAAUUGUUCAUUUUUUUUCAAAAAUGGGUAAAAUUGCAAUUAUUCGUCAUCAAUAAUUUUUAACAUCUUAUAUGUUAAAUUAUUAAAUUAUAGCGAAUAGUAACGGUUGUGAAAAUUUUAAAGAUAAUAUAUGAUGUUUUACAGCUUUCGAUAACUUUAUAUCUCUUAAAUCAAAAGUUGUUUCUUUUUAACUUUUAGUUGUGUAGACGGUUACAUGUAGAUAUUAAAAGGGAUAUUUUGCAAAAUACCCUAUUUAAGUUUUGAAAUUUGGAGAAUACACCGUUUUUGAAUAAAUUUGAAAACUAUACUUAAUUAUAUGUGAUGAGACAAUUUUGACCCACAAUAAAUAAAUAAAAAUAAAAUCCAAAAUAAUUAAUAUUCUUAUUAUAUUAAUUUAUUUGAGAUGAAACUAAUAAUGAUUAAGCAUACUUAAAUUUAUAAUUACGUAACUUUUUAAUUAUUUGAAAAUUGUUUUCAAGUGAAAUCAGUUCUAUAUAUAAAAUUUCUGUUGGCAUUUUUCUACUAAAAUUUUAACCAUUUCUAAAUAAUGUGACACCACCUGAGGGAGGCUGAUUACUUUCUACUGAAUUACUUGCUUGAUCAAAUUUUGCUUUUGUUUUCUCUUUCAAAGAUUCCUCAUGCUUCUGGACCAAAGUCAAGGCUGCUGCUAAUGGAGAUCCUUCCCUUGCGAUCUCAAAGACUUGUUUCUUUUAUUCGAUAUUUUGGUUAAACUUGAUGAGCGUAUUUGUUUGUUUUUGUUUGGUAAAAAUGUAAAGAUAAGCAUGUUUGUUUUUUGUUCAUCACUUGUUUUUUCUGGAAAGGAAGUUCUAUAUUCUUUGCUAUCUAAGCAAGUAUUGGCGGAUGUUCCGGAGAAAUAAGAAGAUUGUUCUGCUUUGAGAAUUUUCUUCAAGCGAGUAGAGAUAUGAAUUUACAUUUUCUUUUCAACUGAUCGGAUACGAUACACCACACAUGUAUGCAACAUUCUCUUGAAGAGCUAUGUGGCAAGGAAAAAGAAAGAUAUGAAUAUAUAUAUAUAUUAAAAAGGUAGAAUAUAGAAGAUGAGCAUGUGACUUCUACCUAAGAAAAACACUAAGCGGAAUUAAACUGUUGAAUCCCGAGAAAACUAGAAACGAUGACCAUGGAAAUUUUACCUAAUAACAAAAUAGAUAAACAAGCCAUUUUUCAAAAAAAAAACAAAAAAAUAGAUAAACAUGACCACUGAAAAUUAACCGGAGUUGAUAGAUGCUAAGAGAAAAAGAACCAUUAAACUUCUCUCGAUUUAAGAAGAUAUAGAUAGAUAUAAGUAAUUUAUUUAUUAUUAAAUAUCAUUCGUUUAUGAAAUGUAUCUACUUUUUUAUUGUCAUAAACAAUAAUUUCAGUUUAAAUAUUAUUUCAAUUUGAAUAUUAAAGUUAGUGCAAAGUUGCUAAUUAGGUUAAUUUAGUCAUUUCAUAGAUAAUUAAGUGUAGAUUUCAAAAAGAAUAAUAAAUGGUGUAGUUUUCACAAUACAAUCCUAUUUAAAAGUAUUUUUCCAAAUUUUCCCAUAUUAAAAACUAAAAAAAAUCAUUUAUAAUUAUAAUAGAUAGAAAAUUAUAAAAAAAAAACUUGAAACAAAGAAAAUUAUAAAAACUUAAUAAAGUUUUCUUAUAUUACAAAAUAUAAAGGAAGUGCUAGGAUUUAUGGUGUAUUUUGAGAAUGUGGUAUUGAAUAUGAAGAAAAAAAUAGAUAGAAUAAAAUAGAGAGAAAAUGUAUGUAUGUUAUCUAUUUUUCUCUGUACAAAGAGUUAAAUAUUUAUAUAAAUUAAAUUAAGAUAUAGAACUCAUAAAUGAUAUAUUUAUAUAUAGAAGAGAGUACAUAGUCCAUGCUGAGUGCACAGUAGUUGAUGUCAAUUUUGGACUUCAAAGUAAAUGAUAUGCAUAGCAUAAAUAAAUAUUCUCUAGAGCAUAGAAGGGUCAAGUGUCUACUUUGGAAAACCUAUAGCGAUCAUUAUGGCUCCGAAUGGUGACUGCCGAUUGAGCGGUGUGAGAUAAACGGUUUAAUUGCGGUGUUGUUCUAACAAUUAUAAAAAUAUAUAGAUAUAUAGUAUAUAGAGAUUGUUGUUACUGUUAACUGCGGGGCGGGGCGAAAAGCUGGUUACCAUUCAAAGCCUAUAAACAUGUAGAUAACAACUGUUGUUUUUUUAACUGAAAAAGAUAACUACUUCACUGUUUCGUUCAUCAUUUAAAUUAAUACUCUAUAAAUUAAUAUACACUAAAAAUCUCUAUAAAAUAAUAUAAUUUUAAAGUCUCAAAUUGAGUUUUUAGUUCAAUUAGUAUAUCGAUAAAUUAAUAUCUAUAUAAAUUAAUAAAAAAUAUAGUUUUAGUGUAGUUUCAAUAUAAUUAAUUUAUAGAAGUUUUACUGUAAUUGAAUUGUGGAGAUCUUAUAGACCCCUUUUGUCAUGAAACUCAUCACAUAUAUUUGAUGUUGAUGCUUCGAUGAAUACAUAGUCAAAUGAUUCAAACUCUCUUAAAUUUGUGAUUAAAGAGAUUAAAUUAACUCUCUUAAAUCAUUUAUAAAUAUUUAAGAAACAUUUACUGAAGUUUAUAAAUCCAAUCUCAACUCUUAAAUACUAAACAUUGAACAAUAACCACUAAACCAUAAUCACAAUGUUAGGAUAUUUUGACUGAAUGUAUUUUUCAAAAAUAGUAGUCAAUUUAGGAUAUUUUAAGAAAUUACUCUAGAUUAAAUUAACUCUAACAAAUUAUUUAUAAAUGUUUAAUAAAAAUUUAUAAAAUUUUAUAAACCAACUCCACCUCCUAAAAUACUACACCUUAAACAAUAAUCAUAAAAUCAUAAACUCAAACAAUAAUCAUAAAACCAUAAACUCAAAUGUUAUGAUAUUUUGAUUGAAUGUAUUUUUGAAAAAGUGAUAACCAAUUCAGAGCAUUCAAAGCAAUUCCCCUAGUUAUAUUGUGCAUAUAAUGUGAUCGCUAAUAACGCUAGCGUAUAUGCUAAUGUAAAUAUGUGAUUCUUAAAAUUUAUUUUAGUCAAUUUUUUUUGAACUGUUUUUUCUUUUAAUAAUAUUUUAGUCCUUUUGCUAAUACUGUUUAUUUUUUAAGGAAAACAUAAUUAUAUUUUCUUGAUACCAAGAUUUAUUUGUAGACUUUUUAUUACGAAAUCAAAAUUAUAUAAUAUAGGUUUAAUUUAUAAAUAUUUCAUAAAAUAUACAAAAUAAGCUAAAUUAAAUCUAAUUAAAAAUAUAUAUAAUUUUGUUUCUAUAGGUAACAUAUUUCUGUUUAAUUUACUCACAAUUUUAACAAUACAAAAACUAUCAUCAUCUACUUAUCUCUUUUUUAUUUUGGUCAUAUAAUUUCUUUAAUUUAUUUAAAUUAAUAUAUUUAUAUAAUAUGUGUGGUUUUAAUUAUAAUAUGUAUUAGGAAAUAUAUAGAAUUAUAAUUUAAAAUGCAUACUAAUGGAAAAUAUAUAUAUUUCGUUAAUUGUUAAGAGUUUUUAUAUUGUGAUUUUAAAAUUGUCAUAACAUGGAUUUAAUGUAAUAUUUAUUGUUAUUUAUGAAUUGUAUUUUUAUAUUUAUGUAUUUUGAUUUUUAUUGUAAUUUUAUUAUUUAAAUAUAUAAUUUGUUUUAUUUGAACUGAUUUUACUAUUUAAAAGUGUAAUGAAGUAUUUAAUCUACUUAAUCUGCCUUUAUCAUCUCACUUGAUAUUUUUUCUGUAACGCUUAAACUAUUUUUACCCUUCGAGCCCUGUAAUACCAUAUAGCUUGUUAGUUUGGUCAUGGUGGUAGCUAUAGGUUAUGGGCAUGGUUUGUUUUGGAGUGACGUAUCUUUUGUUUUAUUUCUAAUGAUUGUUUUCAAAUUCCGAAAGAUGACAAAAUUGUGAUUUUUAUAACUCAAAAGAUAAAUUUAAAAAUCACAAAUCAUUAGUUUUCGCAUGUGUUUGGCAUAUACCACUGAAAACAUAUUUUUAGAAAUAUACUGGGUCGAGCAUUACUUUCCUUCCGGUCUCUUUGUGCUGCUUUGUCCGCAAAACUGAUGCCAGAGAGAUAAAUAAAAGUAUCCAUACAAGAAAAACAGUUUGUAUAACAGAAUGUUAGAAAAUAACAGUUUACAUAACAAACGUCGUUUAUGCUGUCGAAUGGGUUGGACGUAAAUGAAUGCAAACUGGUUUCUAAAAUUCCUUCCAAAAAUCAUUUUGAAAUGAAUGUAUAUUUUUAAAAAGAAACAUCUUAUAAAUAGCAUUAAAAAAAUUGAUCACCAAAUAGCACAUAAAAUUUUCUAAAAUAUCAUUCAUUAAACAAGAAAAAAAAAACUAAAUGUCUAUAAACCUUACUUUAACCUUAAUCAUCAACUCCUAAAUACUAAACACUAAAUUCUAAUCAUUCAAUCUCAAAUCUAAGUAUAAAAUAUAUAUUUAUCGUAUAAUUUCUUGUUUAUAUAAUUUUAAAUUGAUUAAUUUUUUAUUUUAAUAUAUUUACAAAUAUGAGUAUAUUGUCAUUUUAUCAUUUAGUGAAUGUUAUUUAUAGUUCUUUUCAUUUUCUGUAUUAUUUUAAAAACAAAAACAUGUGUUAAUGCUAGGGUUUAUUUUUCUUAUUAAAAUAAUUUUGAGAUCGGAAAAUACUAAACUGUUUACAGAUGCUAGUAGAUACAAAAUACAUAUGCUAAACUUUGUGCUUAAUUUGAACUAGUCAGCAAAUUUUGUAACCUUGGUGAAACUACAAAUAAGAAUAUACACCGAUAGAUAUAUACGAUGCUCUAUAAGAGGAUUAAGGAUGACCAUUGGAGCACUAUAACUACAUAACUUGGCCUUAUAAUUCUAUUUAAUUCCUAGGUUUUAAAUUUGGUUGGCAGAACUUCGAUGGGAUUCCUAUCGUGCUCAACGCACGCGUGUGACUGUUUCAUCAUUGUAAAUUCAUUUUUGUCAACAAACACUGAUUAGUUUAAUACAGUAAAAUAUACAAAAACCUGGGAUUAUAUUCUUUAUAGAAUGCUUUCAUUUAACAAUACCUUAGCCUAUAUACAUUUCUAGCAUUUCUAAGAACUUCACGUGUUGUUCAACUGGUCAAGAGAGAAGCGUUCAAAAAUGGCCUGUGUAUAUGCGAAAAGAAACAAAUUAAGCAAAAUAUAUGGUUGUAGGAAAAAAAUCCAUUUUAUCGUGGUUUGGUCAACACUUAUCAUGUUUCUUAUUUUCGUUUGCUUAUUAGAAUUUGGAUAAACGACAAAAUAGACAUUUAAUCUACGAUUAAGGUAAACUCUGGGGGGGAAUUCCAUAUCUUUUUAUCGGUGCCCUGAUUUCUUAUUGCUUCUUGGAAAGUUCACACUUGACAAGCACGAUAAAUCUUGCACGUUGGAAAUUUUUUGUUUUGUUUACGUUUUUUUUUUAAAUUCAUUAAGCUAAGUUUUAAUUUCUAAAUCUAAUUCUCUGAGUUAUACUAACAUGUGUGUUCUUUAUAUGAAAGAUUGAAUUAAGAAGCUUGCAUCGAAAUUUCAGUAGUAAACAAGGGCAAAAUUGUCAUAAAAUAGUUAAACUGGAAACUUUAGUCAAACGAGUUUUUUAGAACUUUAACCGGUUUUUUUUUUCAAAAAAAAAGCUUUAGUCAACCGAUUUUUACUAUUACUGUUAGUUUAACCUAAUAGUUUAAAUACUUUCUUUUUGUCAGCAAUUUAAUUACUUAAUACAUCUUCCGACUGUGACAAAAAAAUAAAUAAAUAAAUACUUCUUCCGACAUCAAAACUUCACAUCUUAGAAGAAAUAAACUUUAAAUUUUAUAUCGACAAAAAAAUCCAUAAAUUUCCUUUUUACCAGUGGUCAGAAGGGCGAAUUAAUUGAAAUGUUUGAUGCAUGUUAACAGUAAAUUUAGUGUGAACAGAGAUUAUAGGAAGAGGUAGAAAAGUAAAUGUUGAGAGUAAAAAUUAUUUAAAGAUGUCAGAGUUGGCCUAAAACGGUGUAUAAUCUGCAAAUCUGCCACUUAUAGCUUUUGUGUCACUCUACUUUAGCUUUUGCUUUUUGAAGAUUAACAAAUAAAAGGUAAAAAUUGUGUUUAUUACCACACAACUUUUUCUUUUAAUAAUCGAAUUUUGUAAAACUAUCUAUCUAUAUAUAUAGUUUUCAAACUAACAUUUUCUCAUUGAAAUCUUUAAUUUUACGGGGGGAAGAGGAUGAUAAUUUUUCCUUCCUUAAGUAGACAAAUGUAUGGAUAUUGUAAGAACAUGCAUGGAACAUUGCACCAAAAAAAAACAUGCAUGGAACAGGUUUGGAAUUAAACUACAUUUCUUUACUUUUGUGUGAUUUUGAAAAGAAAAGAGAUGAGAAAACCUAGAAAAAAUAAUAAAGUAAAUUGAAAUUAUACAAGUUACUUUGCAGAGGUUCUGUCUUUUUAUCAUCUCUGAUUUUAGUCAUAUUUUUGCUUUUCAUUGUGAAAAGCAUCCCAAAGUGCAUUUCUGUUCCCAAAAUUUUGAACAAGUUAUAUAAAAAGACUGAAUAAAUCAUCAAAACAUUAUUUGAAGUAAAUGUGAUAUCAAAAGUGCCUAAAAAUUGGAAACACAAAUUGUUUAUAAAACGGUGAGAAUAAAUUCAGGCUUUGUCGUAUAGUUGUCUUUGAGCAACACUUGCAUUAGAACAUGGGAUUGUAAAGAAACGAUAUGAUGUUUACUUUCCGAAAUGUAAAAGAAUCUUCCUAUUCUCCUUACUUAAGAUCCUAUCAGUAUGUACAGUAAAUACAUGUUCUUGACGUAAAUAUAUGUUAAAAACCAUGAUUGGUCAAAGGUUGAUGCAAACCAUAUAACGGUUAGGGAUGUCUUAUUUUGUACACUCCGACAAACACAGAGAUGUCAAGCAAAUAAUUAAACCGAAAGGAUACAUGAACAUAUAUUUUGGGUAUUAGUGAUUGAGAAUUGCCCGUUUAUUGGGUCAUGUGUGGAGGUGCACUAUAGUUAGGUGAAGAAGACUUGAUGCAUCAUUUUCACUAAAGGUGUUCAAAAAGAAUUAUCAGUCUUAUAUCUACAUAGAAAUUAUUUUUAUAAAAAGAAUAAACCAAGAUAAAAAGAAGAUAUAAUAAUGCAUAAAUUUUCUUAUUUUAUUGAAGAUGAGAAAAGGUGUGAUUGUCUUGUUGUAGGGACCAACUUACUUUGAGGUGUUCCAAAGAGACCUUCACUUGCUUUUCUAUUUUUCUCAAAUUGAAGUUAUCCAGAUCAGACCAAAACAAAAAAAUGAACCAUGGCUAUAGUGGAUGAGAUGUGAACUAAUCAGCUGGCAAAUUUGAGAACUGGACAAACUAGUAUAUUUCAACAUAUAUUUGCACCAAAAUGUACCAAAAUCAGAGAAUGGCGAACAAAGAAAAAAGUUGUCCACAAACGGAUCAAUCCGUACCGUCCACUACAAUCAUCUAAAAUCAUAACAAUUCAUAUCAUACAAACAUAUUUAUACAAUAUCGCUUCAAUUUUAUAUAAUGUCUUAGAAAUAAAAAUCACUAAAAAUAUAAAACAGUUUCAAAUCAUUAUACCGAGUUAAAUAAAACUAUACUGAAAGAAAAUCAAUUUGAUUUUGCCUCAUUUUUUCUUUUUUUCUUUUUGGCAACACUUGGGCUUUGCAUAUAGCUAAUACUUAAUGCCCAGUUUAAGGAGAAUGCACACUAAAUAUUUUGAAAUUAUGGUUUCCAAACCUCUAGUGGAUUUGAUAUUAGAUUAAAUAAGCAAAAUAUGGGCCUUUAAUAAGUUAAUGGAAUCUAAUACAGCGUAUGCUAAUAUUCAUCAGUAACACAUAUAGACAUGUAGGAAGUGUAUUCAAGUAAGAGUUUCAGAGGAUUUGUAUAAAAAUGACAAAUUUUCCGUUAUUCAGAUGAGGAUUUAAAAAAACAUUUUAAAAUUUAGUGUUAUUGAACUUGUCAUUUUAUAAAAUACUCUGAAAUCAACUGUUAUUGAACAAAAUUUAAGUUGGAAAUUUUAGAGUGCUUUAUAUAUUUUAAGGGUGUUUGAAAGAGGUUUCUUAGUUAUAAAAUAAAAAUUCAGAUCUCAUAGUUUUAGAUAAGAUUCUAGAGUUGUUUAACAAAACUCACACCAAAUUCUAAUAUUAACCUAAAAUCAUCUAAAAACUCACUAAAAUCAAAUCAUUUCAAAUUUCAGAUUCAAUACCAUCCCUCAUUAAUGUUCAAACUCCAAAGCUAUUUUUUUCUAUUAAUUUAAAAUUUUGAUUAACUCAAACUGGUUUGUUCAAUCAAACUACGUGAGCUAGCCAAUCAGAAACUUUAUCGUAAACAAAUUUGGUCACGUGACCGUAUAGAUUAAUUAACUCUAGAGGUAUACAUGUAUAUCUAUUUUUUUUAUAAAACAUUUAAGUUUAUAUUAGUCAUUUUUAUUUUUAAGGUCUAUAUUUGUGACAAAAAAAAAUUUCGGUAUAUCCCAAAGAAUUUCUCUUUCUCUAAUCUUCGAAGCUAAUCAAGAAAAAAUACACUGAACAAAAAAGCAAUUACAACCGCAAACAAUAUCAAAUAUAUCAUUAGAAUAAAUUUGAACAUGGUCAUUACCAUGGAGGUAAGCUAGAGAUGAAACAUGGAGCUGAUUUAGCUAACUUAUCAAACAAAGAGCUGUUGAGCUCAAACUAUUCUCUCUUAUUUCUCGUAGAGAUGCUUGAGCUGUGUGUUCUUCCACAUGGCUUUCCAUUUCUGGAACCAAACCGCAAUCUCUCUGCCCCAUUUCUUUGGACUGCUUCAUCUUCCAGUCUAGGUCGAGCUUAAGAUCUUCUUGGAAACUUAUGUCUAGUAAUUUUUUUUGGGUGCUCAUUCGUUAUCUUUUUUCUGUUUUUCAUAUCCAUUGAUGUUGUUGCUUGCUUCUCACAACUACUCUCUAUCAUUGCUACAUUGAUGUUGUUGCUUGCUUCUCAUAACUACUCUCUACCAUUGCAAAAGGGACACGAUGUUAAUGAAGCGGACCUCCUUGUGUCCCCACUUUAUACUUGCAGACAUAUAUUUCACUAUUGAUGUCAACGAAUAGAGUCAAUGUAGUCCAUAGUUAAGAAAGUGAUAUGUUAAGACACUACUUGCCUCAUCAUAUCUUCUUGUCCAAAAAUUUCUCACUGGUCUCUCUAUUUAGGCUUCAGCAGGUCCAGUCAAUGACAGUUUGGACUUGAGUUUUAAUUUGGCUUGACUAUAGCGUUGGCCCAUCAAAUGAUAUCGCAAAGGCUAUGAAUGAGGCCCAUAAAUACACUAUUUUCUCCGACAGCCCCUUAAACCUUCUGCUACUUCCUUCCCCUAACCUCUCUUUCUCAAGUACUAUGACAUCUCCAAGCACAAGCAAGAAUCACCGAUGCUUAAACCUGAUAUCAAAAUGCAAAACCCGCGAGAAUCUCAAGCAAAUCCACGGACAGUUCCUCACAAUCGGCCUCUCUCACCACACGUUUCCUCUGAGCAAGCUGCUUCUUUUAUCCUCCACCCUCUGCUUACCCUACGCUCUCUCUAUCUUCCGCCGCAUCUCCAACCCUUCCGUCUUCCUCUACAACACCCUCAUCUCCUCCAUCGUCUCCACUCACCAAUCCACUCAAACCCAUCUCGCCUUUUCUCUCUACGCUCAGAUUUCGAGACCCAACGAGUUCACGUUCCCUUCUCUCUUCAAAGCAUCGGGCUUUCACCCUCGGUGGCAUCGCCGUGGAAGGGCUCUUCAUGCCCAUGUGCUGAAACUUCUCGAACCGGUUACUCAUGAUGGGUUUGUGCAAGCUGCGUUGGUUGGGUUUUACGCCAAUUGCGGGAAACUGAGAGUAGCUAGGUCCCUGUUCGAUCGAAUUACAGAACCGGAUUUAGCUACUUGGAACACCCUUCUCGCUGCGUACGCUAGCUCCAACGAAGGAGAAGGUGAGAUUGAUCUCGAGGAGUGUUUGAGGUUGUUCGUUAAUAUGCGAAGUAGUGUGAGACCGAACGAGGUUUCUCUUGUAGCUUUGAUGAAGUCUUGUGCGGGUUUAGGUAGUCUUUGUGGAGGAGUAUGGGCUCAUGUGUAUCUCUUGAAGACUAAUCUGUCUCUUAACCAGUUCGUUGGAACUUCUCUUAUCGACCUCUACUCUAAAUGUGGAUGUUUGAGUUUCGCACGCCAAGUGUUCGAUGAAAUGCGCCAGAGAGAUACGUUGUGUUACAACGCAAUGAUCCGCGGUUUAGCGGUUCACGGGUUUGGCCUAGAAGCUAUCGGGUUUUACAAGAACUUGAUCUCCCAAGGACUAGCCCCGGACGAAGCUACAUUCCUGGUGACCAUAUCCGCAUGUUCGCACUCGGGUCUAGUGGACGAGGGUCUUCAAAUUUUCGACUCGAUGAAAGCCGUUUAUAAAAUCGAGCCUAAGGUUGAGCACUAUGGAUGUUUAGUUGAUCUACUUGGAAGAUCCGGACGGCUGGAAGAAGCUGAAGAAUGCAUCAAGAAGAUGCCGAUGAAGCCCAACGCGAUGUUGUGGAGAUCGUUUCUUGGAUCAGCUCAAGUCCACAGUGACUUGGAGAGGGGUGAAAUUGCGCUAAAGAAUUUGUUGGGGUUAGAAAUUGAAAACAGCGGAAAGUAUGUGCUUUUGUCGAAUAUUUAUGCCGGAAUGAACCGUUGGGAUGACGUGGAGAAGACCCGGGAACUUAUGAAAGACCACCGUGUUAAUAAAUCUCCAGGGAUUAGUACUAGUAAUUAAUUAAGUACAGUUAUACCACAGUUCAUUUUGAGUUUGCUUUAAUUUGCCUAUUUAUUUGAAUUUAGAACUUGUUGAUUAGAAAACGCAUGUUGACAACUCGAUACGUGUAUCCCAAAACUAUUACAAAAUAGUUUUAUAA